GAGUGAAACUUUGUUGGCUAACCGGCAUCUACAUCCUACGGCUGGUCGGGCCGCAUGACAUGUGUGCGGCUAGAACACAUCUGGACAGAUAACAAGUUUUAGAAACGUUAUUUUUAGACAGACAAAACUAAAGUAUCACCAUGCCGAAGAAAGCAAAAGAAGAACCUGAAUGGUUGGAUGACGAAGCCCCUCCGGCAGCAGCAGAGAAAACUGUGAAGAAGGGGAAGAAAGAUAAGAAGGGGAAAAAGAGUUUCUUUGAGGGGCUUGCCACAGAAAGCAAAAUUGAAAAGGAAGAUGAGGUGGCUGUGAAAGAUACACAAGGCAAACAGCCACAGAAAAAGAAGAAGGACCGGCGGAAAGGCAAAGGAGGAGAUGUAGAUGAUGACGACGAGGACGAAGAUGUGAUGCUGAAGUUGAAAAUGCUCUCGGUCCAAGCGAGUGAUGAGGAAGAUGAGCCAGUCAUUGCCCCCAAAAAAGGAAACAAGAAGAACAAGGGUGGAAACAUCUUUGCUGCACUCAGUCAGGGUCAGAGCGAUGAUGAGGAGGAGGAGGAGGAGGAAGAAGAUGCUGACUCAGCUGAAGAAGAAAAGCCAGUAAAAAAGGAAAUUGAAAAGGGCAAGAAAAAAGAUCAGUCUAAAUCUAAGAAGGUGAAGGCUGCAUCGGAGGAAGAGGAGCUGAAUAAAGAUGAGGGUGCAGAGAAAACAUCAAAGAAGACCAAGAAAGCAGAAACCAAACAGGCCAAGAAAAGCAAACCUGCUGAGCCCAGUGAGGAAGAGGAGGCAGAGGAGGAGAGUGAUGGAGGUGACAUGAUGAUGAGUGCUGAGGACGUCAUCGCAGAGCAGGCAAAGCAGGAUGAGGAUGACCCGUUUGCCAACAUGAGCAAAAAGGAGAAGAAGAAAAAGAAGAAACAGAUGGAGUAUGAGCGUCAGGUGGCCAGUGUUCGUGCUCAGAAUGCCUUGGAGGGAGAUUUUUCUGUCUCUCAGGCAGAGAUGUCCUCCAGGCAGGCCAUGUUGGAGAACGCCUCAGAUAUUAAGCUGGAGAGGUUCAGCAUAUCUGCUCAUGGCAAGGAGCUUUUUGUCAAUGCUGACCUUCUGAUCGUGGCGGGAAGAAGAUAUGGUUUGGUUGGACCAAAUGGUAAAGGAAAGACCACACUACUGAAACACAUUGCCAACAGAGCCCUUAGUAUUCCUCCCAACAUUGAUGUGCUGCUGUGUGAGCAAGAGGUGGUGGCUGACGACACACCAGCAGUUCAGGCAGUGCUGAAGGCAGAUACCCGGCGUCUAAAGCUCCUGGAGGAAGAGAAGCAGCUGCAGGCUCGUCUGGAGAAGGGUGAAGAUAAUGUGGCUGAGAGACUGGACAAGGUCUAUGAGGAGCUGAGGGCAAUUGGAGCUGCAGCAGCUGAGGCCAAGGCCCGCAGGAUCUUGGCUGGUUUGUCUUUCACCCCUGAGAUGCAGAACAGACCCACCAAGAAGUUCUCCGGAGGCUGGAGGAUGAGAGUCUCUCUGGCCAGAGCUUUGUUCAUGGAACCCACUCUGCUGAUGUUGGAUGAACCCACCAACCACCUGGACCUGAACGCUGUCAUCUGGCUCAACAACUACCUUCAAGGCUGGAAGAAGACUCUGCUUAUAGUUUCCCACGACCAGAGUUUCCUUGACGACGUGUGUACAGACAUUAUGCACUUAGACAACCAGAAACUCUACUAUUACAGAGGAAACUACUUGACGUUCAAGAAGAUGUACGUUCAGAAGCAGAAAGAGUUACAGAAGCAGUACGACAAACAGGAGAAGAAACUCAAGGAUCUGAAGGCUGGUGGCAAGUCGACCAAACAGGCUGAGAAGCAGACGAAGGAGGCCCUGACCAGAAAGCAGCAGAAGGGCAAGAAGAAGGGAGCCCAGGAGGAGGAGAGCCAGGAGGCCACAGAGCUGCUGAAGAGGCCGAAGGAGUACACCGUCAAGUUCACCUUCCCCGACCCGCCUCCUCUGUCCCCACCCAUUCUGGGGCUGCACAGUGUUGACUUUGGCUACGAGGGUCAAAAACCUCUGUUUAAGAACGUGGACUUUGGUAUCGACAUGGACUCUAGGAUUUGUAUAGUCGGACCUAAUGGUGUGGGGAAGAGUACCCUGCUGCUGCUCCUCACUGGGAAACUAAAUCCAACUAAAGGAGAGAUGAGGAAGAACCAUCGUCUGAAAGUGGGUUUCUUCAACCAGCAGUAUGCUGACCAGCUGAACAUGGAGGAGACGGCCACAGAAUACUUGAUGAGGAAUUUCAACUUACCUUAUCAGGACGGCAGGAAGUGUCUCGGAAGAUUCGGACUUGAAAGCCACGCUCACACCAUUCAGAUCUCCAAACUCUCUGGCGGUCAGAAGGCCAGAGUGGUAUUUGCAGAGCUCGCCUGUCGUCAGCCUGACGUACUAAUCUUGGAUGAACCCACCAACAAUUUGGAUAUUGAGUCCAUUGAUGCAUUGUCUGAGGCCAUCAAUGAAUACAAAGGAGCGGUCAUCAUCGUGAGCCACGACGCUCGGCUCAUCACAGAGACCCAGUGCCAGCUGUGGGUGGUGGAGGACUGCACAGUCAACCAGAUCGACGGAGACUUCGACGAGUACAAGCGGGAGGUGUUGGAGGCCCUGGGAGAGACCGUGAUUAACAAAACCAACGCAUGAUCAGGACUAUCUGCUGUAGCACUCCAUAUGGACGGGUCUCAGUGAAAUAUCGAAAACCGGUGGUGGUGUUGGGAUCAUCUGUUCCCUUCCUUCUGGACAGUAACAUGUAACGGGUUGGAGUUUGACUGGAGUGUUUAUCCUACAAUUAAUUUCUAUGAGCAGAGAAGGAAACUGAUCCAGUGAAGCCAAACUAAUAAAAAUUCCUUUUUCA